GUCCCAUUGUUUGUGACAGAAAAUCGACUAGCACUAGUGGUUGUCGCUUUGCUGUCACUUUGCCUUUCGCCUUCUCCAACAUACAAUAACCACCAUGGUCCGCACAUUCUUCUUGGCACUUGCCCUCCCCGCGAUCGCGUCCGCCGCCGUGUGCACGGAAGCGGACUUCCUGCCCCUCGCCACCGGCAUCAUCGCUUGCUCGGCUGCCUCCGGCGUAACCCCCACCACCCUCCAAGGCUCGGCCACGCCUGCUGACAUCGUCAAGAUGUGCCAGUUCCCAGCCUGCCAAACUUUCUUCUCGUCAUUCUCCUCCCUCAAGUGCACGGAUGCCGCGGGGAACUCUGUCUCCCAGGCCGGCGCAGCGUGCAGCUUAGUGGGGAAGGCAGCUACCACCGCCCCUGCCACAACGGUGAAGAGCAGUGGCCUCGCCGUCACUGUCCUCUCCACCGGCGCUGUCAUCGUCGCCGCGGCGGCCACGUUGGUGUAGAUUCCCUUGAAAAUGUAUUGUAUUGUCAAACGAGUACCAGAUAGACGUUUUUCAUGUCGGAUUUGUCAACGGGGAGGAUCAAGUAGAGUUCCCAAAUAGUACCGGUAGCCGAACAAGAUAAAACACGUUGUUCACGUAUAAGGCCAAAGCACCCAGUAGUGCAAG